AUGGGCGAGAAGUUCGCACAUGCCCGCGAGGCCAUUGUCUUCGCCCGCGAAAAUUCGACGUAUUACAAGAGUCUAUACCAAUUGGUUCAGCAGGAUGAGCCAGAUCUCGAGGACGUGCCAAUAAUAUACCCAGAUGACUACUGGAACUCAGCAAGAACUGAUCUUUCUAGUGUCAUGACCGGACCAUUCACCACUGGGAAUAUUUAUUGUAUAAGUGGCCCUGACAACAAUCUUGAGAUUGUGCAACUAUCAAAAGGAGAGGAAUUCAAGCUCUCCAGGGCUAAGUCUAUCUUAUGGCAAGGAAUUCUUGACCCUGAGAAAGUAGAGCGAGUUGCAAAUAUUAUGAGUCCCCAUGACCUCCAUCUCAGCUUUUGGGAUACGGUAAACACAUCCAAUGGAAUGCUUGUCCCAGAGUUAGGAGUUCAGCUAUUUAUAUCGAAUGAAAAGACAGUGGACAGGAUUAUAGAGGAAGUUGAAAGAUUCCAACCCAGCGUCGUAUUCGGAUCGCUACCCGACAUAUUUCGGCUUAGCGAGUAUCUUAGCGAAGGGCAUAGCACAUUGCCAUCGGUACGAGCCAUUCUAUACCUUGGAGAGGCCGUACCCAGGGAUGUUACCUGGUCGUUGCAUUCUGGAUUCCCGAAUGCCAGGCUGUAUGCGCCGCUCUACGAAAAACCUCAGCUAGGCCCCCUGGGGUUUCCAGGUGCCAUUUCGACUAUGAUUGACCGGGAUAUUAACCCAAUAUACAGGGUAUGCGAUUAUGUUGCGGUCAUGGAAAUAGUGACGGACGAUGGUGCCGUUAUUAAACAAAGUGGUGUUAAAGGAAACAUUAUCAUCACGCAUCUGAUACGUCGCUUGCAACCUCUAAUACGAUACCCUAUCGGCGACGUUGCGGAAUGGGUGGACUAUGGCUCUCGAAUUUUCAAGUACUGCGGCAAAGCAUCGACCAAGAUCAGGAUUGCCAACACCAUCUUGGACUGGUCUACAUUGAAGGAUAUCACCAGCGACGUCAUGAAGACCGAUGUUAGUGGGCGAUUCCAGUGUGUUCUACGCCUUCAAGAUGGCUGUCAAAAGCUUGUUCUCCGGCUGGCAUAUCCGAGACCGUCAGAAGCGGGAGAAUUUCGCCAUAAUAUUGAAAAGACGCUAUGGAAAACAUCCUCAACAUGGAAAGGUGAUCGUCAGGCAGGUGCUAUUUUAUGCCUUCGCUUGGAGUGGGUCGACAAUAUAUUACUUUGUGUUGGAGAAACUGGAGAAUUACUCGAUGUAGUGGAUGAGCGUUAGGAAAUAUCCGAGAAGUAAAUCCUAGCAGUCGAACCCACCAGAUAUAAGUGGUAAAUUAGG